AUGUCAACUAAGAAAAGAGCUAGAAAGACGGUAAAAAAAACUGUAUCGUUUUCUGAUGAUACAACUUUAACCACGUAUCAAAAUCAUGAGAAAAAGAAUGCAGAUCAUGAUCGUCCCCCCGUAUACGUAAGAAAAACCCCUCUAAUGAAUUUCCCAUAUCAUUUAGUGAUGCUGCUCUAUUACUACAUCUUCCUGUCCUCGGACUUUAAUACAGUGAAACUGCUUAGCCUUUUAAUUCCUGCACAAAUUUCCUAUUUAGUUUUGCAAUUCAAUAAAUGCACGGUCUAUGGGAAUAAAAUCAUCAAGAUUAAUUAUCCAUUGGCCUUAAUCUGCUUAGGUGUCACGUUUUUGUUGAGUUUUCCGGCAAUGCUAUUGACUAUUUUAUUUGGCGCACCAUUGAUGGACUUGUUAUGGGAAACUUGGUUGUUGUCGCUGCAUUUUGCAUUUUUAGCAUACCCUGCAGUUUAUGCUGUGUUUAAUUGUGAUUUCAAAGUGGGAUUAUGGAAGAAAUAUUUUAUCUUUAUAGUUGUGGGUGGCUGGAUUAGUUGUAUUGUUAUUCCUUUAGAUUGGGACAGAGACUGGCAGAAUUGGCCAAUUCCAAUUGUUGUUGGAGGGUACUUGGGUGCUUUGGUUGGCUAUACCAUCGGUGCUUACAUAUGA